AUGUUGGCUGGGGCCUUGAAACGCAGUUUCUCCGCUGCGAGUCUGGAUUACCUUGGCGCUCGUUAUGUCGGCGCUGGCCACGAGAUAUGCAGCUACACUUCACAGCCCGUCCGCAUCCCCAUGCGUGAUGGAGUCCACCUGGCCGCGGAUUUCUAUGCGCCGGAAAUCCCUGCCGGAAAGAACCCAGCUGGACUCAUUCUUAUCCAGUGCUGCUACGGCCGCGGGUCAGGGAUAUCGUUCAUCAAUGCUCGAAUCUAUGCGGCUCGAGGGUAUCAGGCGCUGUUCGUGAGCACCCGUGGCACGUAUGGCUCCGAAGGCGUCUUCGACUCCGGCCGCAGUGAGCAUCUCGACAGCCAGGAUAUCGUGAUCUGGAUGCGACAGCAACCAUGGUAUCGGGGCUCCUUUGCGACUCUGGGUGCCUCUUAUUUAGGGUAUUGCCAGUGGGCACUCUUCAACGACCCCCCGGAGGAUUGUGUCGCGGCUGUGAUUCCUGUGGCACCGCAUGACCAGGCACUACAUGCAUGGGGGACAGGAUCCUUUCGCUUGGAUCGAGCUUCGUGGAGUGAUGAGAUGUCUCGGAGGCAGGAUGAGAAGGGCAGUUUCCUUGAACGGCUGGCCAACAUGCCCGGCUUCAGUUUCCUACGGUCGCCAGAGCUGGAUAACGCACUCGCUCGUCUCCCACUAGAGAAGUCGCUGCGGACAUAUUUCGGGAAUCGGGCACCCUGGCUCUUUGAGUAUCUCAAGCAUUCCGAUAUCAACGAUGAGUACUGGACCCCAUGUCGUCACCAUGCAGCUCUUGAUCGUGUCAAGAUGCCUAUUCUGCUCAUAAGUGGUUGGUAUGAUUCGUUUACGGAGCAGACACUGCAUCAAUUUAAGCAUCUGAAACAAAGGAACGUGAACGUCAAUUUGAUUGUCGGGCCCUGGACGCAUGUCCAGGCAUCUGGUCUGUUUUCAGUGCCUGACAUACUCGAUUUCCUUGCAGAAAAUGUGGCAAAAACUGGAUCAUACAAACAUCCGGCAGCGAAGAUCUAUGUCACUGGUGCUGAGGAAUGGAGAGCCAUGUCUGAUUGGCCACCGAAAUCGCAACCAAAGACCUUCUACCUGCAAGACCGCAAAUCUCUCGGACUAGUGUCGCCAGCCGAAAAUGCAACGCCCGCUUCCUUCAUCUUCAACCCGUUGGAACCCACCCCCAGUCUCGGUGGGAAUCAAAUGGCGGCUGGUGGACGUGUAGAUGACAGUGAAUUGGCAGACCGAUCCGACGUUUCAGUCUUCACAAGCGAGCCGUUAAAAGAAGACCUCGAAAUCUUAGGUGCGCCAACUGUGCACCUGAUGCACACCAGCGACCCUCCUAUCGCAGACUUGUUCCUCCGGUUGUGUGAGGUUGACACUCGUGGUGUCUCACAUAAUGUGACGGAGAUGUACCAAGCUCUUCAGCCGUCUCGUGAAACAGGAAAAUCUUUACUCUUGACUUUCCGUGACUGCGCUCAUCGUUUCAAGAAAGGUACUCGAGUGAGACUUCUUGUUGCUGGUGGCUCGUUCCCAUUGUACGCAAGAAGCCUGGGAACGUCGAAUGAUCGUGUCCGAGGCGAGAAUACAGUCCCCCAAAAACACACUGUCAUCGUUGCCGAUGGAGUUUCCCGGCUUGUUCUGCCGGAAUGUCAGAUGUCGGGUAAUGUAGCAUGA